AAAUGAUUAAACUAAUUCAACGACUUCAAUCAACGGCUACAAUUCCUCAUUUCCUCGUGGCAAAUAUCUGACCGUUCAUUCCCUUAUCGAACUCUUCCCACAAAAUCUUCAUCUCACUAAAGUUGAAUAUUCACUCACACUCAUAAUCUUUCUUUCAUCACCGAUCUCAUCUCAAUUUUCAGGGUUGAUUGAUUGUUAUACUGAUUCGAUAUGUCGACAUCGGAAGAUAACCCGGAAGUGUCGGAGAGGGGUAUUUUCAAGUCUGAGAAAGACAAGGAAGAUGAUAAAGAUGAAAAGAAAGAUGGAUUUGUUGAGAAAGUGAAGGAUUUCAUUCAUGACAUUGGUGAGAAAAUUGAGGGAGUUAUUGGAGUCGGGAAACCGACUGCGGAUGUGAAAGGGAUUCACAUUCCCACGGUUAACCUUCAUAAGAUAGAUCUUGUUGUUGAUGUUCUUAUUAAGAACCCUAAUCCGGUUCCAAUCCCUUUGAUUGAUAUCAAUUAUUUGAUUGAGAGUGAUGGAAGGAAGCUUGUUUCCGGUUUGAUACCGGAUGCAGGUACUAUCCAUUCUCAUGGAGAGGAAACUGUGAAGAUUCCUCUUACUUUGAUUUACGAUGAUAUUAAGGAAACAUAUGCUGAUAUUAAACCUGGAAGUAUUAUUCCUUAUUUGAUUAAGGUUGAACUUAUCUUUGAUGUUCCUGUCUUGGGAAGGUUUACGCUACCUUUGGAUAAAACAGGAAAAAUUCCGAUUCCGUAUAAGCCGGACAUUGAUAUUGAUAAGAUUCAGUUCAAAAAGUUUUCGAUGGAAGAGACGGUUGCUAAUCUUCAUUUGAAAUUGGAAAACAUGAAUGAUUUUGAUCUAGGUCUCAAUGCACUUGAUUAUGAGGUUUGGCUUGGCGAUGAUAACAUUGGAGGUGCACAGCUCAGUAAGUCUGCGAAUCUUGAGAAAAACAGAAUAAGUUACAUUGAUGUUCCGAUUACCUUUAGGCCUAAGGAUUUCGGUUCUGCGUUGUGGGAUAUGAUUAGAGGAAAGGGACUCGGUUACACCAUGAAAGGUAACAUUGAUGUUGAUACUCCCUUUGGUGCAAUGAAAUUGCCGAUCAGCAAAGUAGGCGGUACUACUCAUCUUAAGAAAGAUAAGGGUGCUGGAGGUGAUGACGACGAUGAUGACGAGGAAUGAAGAUCUCUCUAGCAACCAGCAAGUGUUACUAGCUGUUAAUUUUAUUUACGGCUUAUAUCCAUUAGAAAGUUAAUAAAGGAGACUUAAGCCUAAAGACUUGUUCUUGAGUUUGAUGAACCUUUAUUUGUAUCGUGUGAGAUCGACGUUUGAAUAAUGCGAUAGUUUCAGUCUGGCAUGCGCUGUUUUACUUAAAGCUGUGUUCUUGUUUGAGUAUUUGAUUGAUGAUUAUGACAAACUUGUGUUACCUUUUGUUGAGAUAAACGAUAGUUUGUCGAA